UACACAAAAGAAGAAGAAUACCACCAUCACAAACAUUAGAAACGUGGGCUCCAAAAAAACCUAUUAGUUGUUGAUCCAUAAACAAUGUAAAAAUGGCUCCAAGUAAAGAAGAGGAGACAACUUUAUCCUUACCUCAAAAAAGAUAUUACCGUCAACGGGCUCAUUCAAAUCCAAUAGCAGAUCAUUGCUUUGAUUAUCCAGCUCAUCCAGAUGAUGUACAAUGGAAAGAUCUAUACCCAGAGUACGAUGCAUACAAUCCCCCCAAAAAAGUGGAAUUUGCCGAUAUUGGUUGUGGUUAUGGUGGUUUUCUAGUUACCCUAGGUGAAAUGUUUCCCGACCGUCUAGCCAUUGGCAUGGAAAUUCGUGUAAAAGUAUCCGAUUAUGUGAUGGAUCGUAUAAAAGCAUUACGUUCUUUACAUCCUGGCAAAUAUAAUAAUAUUGCCUGUAUACGCACCAAUGCCAUGAAGUACCUGCCUAAUUAUUUUGUAAAACAUCAACUGGAUAAAAUGUUCUUUUUGUAUCCAGAUCCACAUUUUAAGAAAGCCAAACAUAAGUGGCGCAUUAUUAAUCAAGCUCUGUUAUCAGAAUAUGCCUACGUUCUUAGAAAAGGGGGCCUUGUUUACACAAUGACUGAUGUUGAGGAUCUGCACAAAUGGAUUGUAAAACAUAUGGAAGAACAUCCGUUGUUUGAACGAGUUUCUGCAGAUGAAGAGGCCAAUGAUCCCAUUACUCCCAAGUUGUAUCAAAGCAGCGAAGAAGGUGCUAAAGUUGUGCGCAAUAAAGGUUCACAUUUUUUGGCCAUAUUUCGUAGGCUAUAAGAAAUUUGAAAUUGAUAAAUAUUUAAAUAAAAAAGAUUAUUUUCUACUAAAA